AUGCUCGACUUUCGGGAAAUGGCUUUCACGGCCUUUCUCGAGCGGCACAUCCUCGUCAAGGAGGACUGGCUGGAUGAUUGUGUUCAACACCUGCAAAAACAUAAGGUUUUAAAUAGAAAGGAGGAUGUCGCUCAAAUCGUCGAGCAAUGGCUGUAUUCCGAUCUCGCCGACUCGACCUACCCGGCAAUUUGUCAGCUCCAACUAGACGUGACGAGGCCGAGAUUUGUGCUGCAGAAUCCGCUCGUUUUACAGAUAACGAAGCUGCUCAACAUUGGAAUGCCCGCUCAGGCACAGCUAAAAGGACUCACCGACCAGGUCGUCGACGAUUCCGGCUUCGAACCAUUGCUGGAUGAUAAGGGCGAGAAGAUUUUGGAGAAUGCCCCAAAAAGAUGCCUACUUCUCGACGCGAACGAUGGUGCGCAGCAGGUGUCAUUGCUGGAGUAUCACUCGGUGCCGAGUCUCUCGUUGAAGGUAGCCCCCGGCUCGAAGGUGCUUUUACUUCCGGGAAUUACCUGCCGUUCCGGUGUUUUCUACCUCACACAAAAGCACUGUCAACUUGUUGGAGGGGAUUCUCCGAAUUUCGCAUCCGGCCUUCCGAUCCCGGCCCUCCGAAGAAAGCUCGAUCUACCGUCCGUCAAAUUACCCGCUACAGCCCAACCCAAAGAUCAAGAUCGAAGUCGAAAUCCCGUUGCGAACCAAGCCGCUGCCUCCUCCUCGUCCACUUCCUCUGAAACGCUAUUUGCAGAAAUUCGGGACCAUCGCCGCAACAGUGCGCCGGGCCCUUCGGCCGUGAAGAAGAGCAAUCCGCCGUCUCAAAUUCUUUUCGACGAUGAUGACUUUGACAUGGACGAUGAUUGCAUUCUGGACGAGAAGCCGAACACGUCUUCUAGCAGCUUCACGAAUAACCUCAAAUUUCAACCCCAGCCUUACGCUAACAACCCCCGAAUUUUGCCCGCCGAUUCAACGAAGAGCCACUACUACAUCACGCCCACCAAGAAUGAGCGAAUAUUAGCCAACGAGACGCCGCCAAAACCGGACGUAAAAAGGACACAAGACAGAACCAAUUCAACCAUUGAACUGCCGGACGUCUCGCCGUUGAAGCAGGAGAUACCGGAUACGCCACCGCCAAAGAAUAGAAUAUCGACUACGAUAGCUCCGCCUGCACGUGAUAAGAUCCCGGAACACGUCGACGCUCCGCCGAUAAAGAAGCCAAAGCCGGUGGCGAUCGUCGGCGCCAAGGUGGUCAAGCAGGAGGUCAUCGAGCUGGACGACGAGCCGGUAUGGCAAUCGCCUUGCACCACGUUGUCGAACGCGCUGGCGCGACAGGAGCUCCUCGACAAAGAAACCGAAGCCACUCGCUACCUCAAAGAAUCCCCAGUCAAGACGAACAGCUUCAAGGUGCUGAAAUUGCCCUCAUCCGCAGAAGCCGGCAAAACCAUCGAGAUUCCGUGUCGUGAUGAGCCAACCGCCCGGAAAGCCUACAGCGAGCUCGGCAUCGUUCCGCUCACCGAAGCGCUGCUGCAACGCCGAUUUAUUGUGGGCAGUACGAGGAAAAAUAUUCAGGCUGUCGUUGCUGACAUUAGCGAUCCGCUGCGGAUUGUGGAUGGGUACUGGACGCAGACGGUGUUGCUAAAGGAUUCCUCAAUCACCGACAAGGGCGUGGCUUGUACAGUGUCGAACCAGGUGCUCGUCAACCUCAUCGGACUCACCCCCACGGAAGCUACGGAAAUUCGGCAUUCCGAGGACAAGCGGAAACGGAUAGAGGGCAAGGAACGGCUCGACUCCGCCGCCGAGUCGAUGGAGCGCACGGAUUUGGUUUUCGAGAUCGAAUUCUUCGCGCGAGACAGCGUGCUGCCCGUCAUCCGCGAUCUCCAGACGAUGGCUCAACGGUUGAAGAUUUUU